CAUCCAAGAGAGUAAAGUUAUCUAGCUAAAAGCCAGUCAAAAGUGGGCAAACCAUACAUAAAAGACCAAAAUGCCUUAAUGCAGCGGGAACCGAAAUCAGAAGAGCUGAAAACCCAAAAAGCUAUGGAACGAGCAGCAUGAACCAAUCAACCUAUUACGGGGUUCCAACGACCCAAGUGUACUUGAAGAUGUGCUUUAGCAAGUUCAAAUAUGGUGUAAUUGGAAGGAUGGCAAAACCAGUUCCAAACCAUGAAAUAGGAGAUAGUCUGCAACGGGCCAGAUUUGGAGGCUUUAAGGUCAGCUCUCUAACCCAAUCACAAGUUCUCAUUAACUUCCUGGACGAAGAAGACUUCUACAGGCUUCUUUAUCGGCGUACAUGGUUAGUAAAUGGGUGUCGGCUCUACCUCUCAAGAUGGACUCCUCACUAUCUCCAAUCUAUUGAUAAUCCAAAACUUCCCAUUUGGGUUACCAUCAAGAAGAUACCAAUACAUCUUCAAGAUCCUAGGGCCCUUCUUUCCAUCUCACAACUGAUCGGAAACCCUAUCAAGAUGGAUGCCCGAACUUAUCAAGCUGAAUAUCUCAAUACUGCCAGGGUCCUUAUUGAGAUUGAUUUAUCCUCCCAGCUCCCUAAAAAUAUAAAGAUUAGAACAGUAGAACACUUCACCAAUCUCUUUGCUGAUCAUGCCAUUUCAAAUCCAGAAAGUAUUACAACAUACAUUCCCACCACCAUCACAGAACAAGACAACAAUUUUAUGAGGAGGCUACCUGAAGUAGAGGAAGUUAGGGAAGCAAUAUGGUCCCUUAAUCCAGAUGCUGCAGCUGGUCCGGAUGGGUUUAAUGGAAGAUUCUUCAAAGAAUGCUGGAACAUAAUCAAAGUGGAUCUGCUUAGGGCAUGCCAGGAAUUUUUCCUGGGAAUCAAAAUCCCUGCUUUGUAUGGAAGUACCCUCAUAACUUUGGUCCCUAAAGGUGACAAUCCAGUUAAAUGGAAAGACUAUAGACCUAUUUCCCUGUCUACCUUCAUGAGCAAGAUUAACACUCGUAUUCUAGCCAAUCGACUUGGCUCAUUACUACAUAAAGUGAUUGGUCCGGAACAAGCUGCUUUUCAAAAAGGGAAAUCCAUUGAUGACCAAAUCCUCUUGGCCCAAGAGAUGGCUCAUCAACUGGAACGCAAGGUUGAGGGGGGAAAUAUCAUAAUCAAACUUGACAUGGCAAGUGCUUUUGAUAGAAUGAGUUGGCAGUACCUAGAAUCAAUGCUAAGGAAGAUGGGUUUCAGCAACUUUGUCACAAGCUUACUGUUGAGCAACCUCCAAGCCACAAUGAUGUCCAUCAACAUAAAUGGAAAGCCUAAGGGUUACUUCCCUAUGAAGAGGGAAGUGAAACAAGGGGAUCCUCUGUCCCCUCUUCUCUUUAUUCUAGGAAGCGAAGGUUUAAGCAAGGCUCUUACACAGGGGAUACAUUCCAGGUUCCUCAAACCUUUUAACAGUGGACGGGGGCCAAUCAUCACUCACCUCUGUUAUGCAGAUGAUCUGGUAAUUUUCCUCAACGGUAACACCCGUAACCUUCUUCGCCUAAUGUCCAUUUUGAAAGAGUACCGCCUAGCCUCGGGUCAAGACAUUAAUUGGAUGAAGAGCAGGUUCUUUGCGAGCUCCAAGACCCCCAUCAGGAAAUGCUUACAAAUGGAGAAAGCUCUCCAAAUUAGGUGUGGAAAACUCCCCUUCAUUUACCUUGGAUGGAACAUCACUAAAGGUAUCCUUAGAAAGGAGGGUUGCCAACCUAUACUUCAACAUUUUGACAAGUUUUUGUCCUCUUGGUACUCUAAGGUCCUUAACCCCAUGGGCCGGUUGAUUUUGAUCAAACACGUACUCUCCUCCAUUCCUCUACAUCAUAUGGCAAUUAGUGAGCUUCCAAAAUCAAUCAUCAACACCCUCCACGCCAAGAUGAAGAACUUCUUCUGGGGAUACACCAACGGCAAUGCCAAACAUCACUGGAAAUCCUGGGAAUAUAUGUGCAAACCGAAGAAGGAAGGGGGACUUGGGAUACACGACUUGCACCAGGUCCAAAAGGCCUACUCCCUAAAAUUCAUUUGGAAGAUUAAUCACGUGGAGAACUUUUGGACAAACUUUAUGAAAGCCAAAUACAUUUCUAACAGGGCAGCUAUAAAGGCGAAUCUCCCGGACUCCCCAACGUGGAAAAGAAUAUGCAAAGCUCAUGUAUAUUUAGAGGAUGAUGAAUUUGGUAGCUCCCUGCCCCUCAACCUAACCAUGAAGAAUGCCUAUGAUCUGAAGAUGGACCCACAUGCACUCGGGACGUACGUGGUUAAUGAAGUCAAUAGGGAUGGAGGACCUGGGUCUGUAACACCCCAACCCGCAUGACCCAAACCCGUGAGACAGCGGACCGGUGUGCCACUAAAUUGGUAUUCGAAUUUGCGACAUUUUCAAAACAAUUUUAAACAAACGUUCUUUCAAUACAUAUGAAAAUCCAUCGGAGUAAUUUAAAAUAAUGCGGAAGCCUUUUUAAAGUCAAACAACUUGGGAUCUUGCCCGAAAACGUAAUAAGCAUUAAAGUUAAUUAAAUAAAGCAUAAUCAACAGAUUAAAGAGACAGCCACGCCAUCGUACAUCUCCUCCUCAAUGCCCUCUGGGAUCGGCUCUAGGUUCAUCUGUCUGAUCACCUACGGACAGCAAAAGAAAACAACGCUAUCCGCUCAGCAUUGACGCUGAGUGGUACUCCAUUGUAGCACAAGAAUAAACAUAAUAAUUCAACAAUUAAGAUCGUGCAUAAGUUUAUCCUUUUAAUAAAAAUCAAUUCAACUUAACAUU